UCUUCAUUGCAUUUUUCUUUAUCGUCAGUCUGACAGAAUUUGACUUGUAAUUGAAACAAUAAAAUACAAUUGUUCCCUCAAAGAAAAAGAAACUGCAUUUUCAUAAACACUUAUUCAAAAAGUCAUUCACAAAGAAGAAAGAAAUUAAGAAUUUUCGUACAAAUGGAUUACGAAGAAAAAACAAUUAAACUUCUUGCAGGGAUCCACAUAGCCGAUAAGCCAAAUGAUUUUCUUCAACUCGAGAAUCUGGAUGGCGAAGGAACAAUUUACUAUCUCAAAACAGUGAUUGCCCUAAAACUUGAUCUUAAUGCAGACCAACUUGAUAUUGUUUAUUAUGGUGUUAUUUUGGACGAUGAUACACCAUUGUCUCACAUCGAGCACGAAGGUGCCGUCCAUUGUUUUAAGAGAACAAAACGAUACGAACCAUACAUCCCGAAAUUGCCUGAGAAUUGUGAGACCGAAGUUCAGUCACUCUUCAAUGUUAUAUCGAACAUUCAGAUCAAUGUAAAUUCGAGGGUGAAUAUUUUGCAAAAAAUUCUGGCAGAAUAUCCGGAGUUCCGGAGAAAUCUUGGUGCUCAGGCAUUGAUUAGGGAUUCGGUGUUAUUCAAUACACUCCAUCAGCCGGAGGUUGUUAAGAAUAUCGCUAAAAAGUAUCCAAUUAUUUGUGAAGCAGCUGCGUUUAUUGUGGAAACAGUUAAGAAGGAACUUGCUCGUAAUUCUAACUAUGUUGCUGAAAUAGUUUCGGACACAACUACAAGUUCUGAGGAGGAAAACUCUGGAACGCCUGCAAAUCAAUCGGAACAAGCCCGAAUCCGCCGUAUAAGUCGUCACCAGUUGGCAGCCGCCUUGCAGCAAGCUGGCACUACCUCCAUGAACUCAUUGUCUGACAUUGCACAACGCAACACAGGAACUAACGACUCUGUAUCGGCAACUAAUCCACAAACACCACAAGCCUCCACCGGCGGCGGCAGUGGAGGCGGACGAAUUCUCUCGUCUACUUUCAGUAAUGCUCUUGCCAGAGCCCUUGGAGCUCUCGGAGGAGCUAAUAACUCAAACCCGGCUAGCAACACCGAAUCUACUGAAGCAACCAAUAAUAGCGAGGCAAUGCAAUGGAUGGACAGCGACCCAUUGGAGGCGACUACCCCAAGCGACGAUAUCAAUGAUUUACCAGCAAGGUAUCGCGAUCAUCAAUAUGCCGAUCAAUUGCGACUCAUGAGUCAAAUGGGUUUCACUAAUUAUGCAGAGAACAUAAGCUACUUGACGAUUACUAAUGGAAAUGUGGAAAACGCUGUCAACCUAAUCAUGGGUACCCAGGAUACUCGUUAAUUGGCAUUAAAGACAAAGAACCCAAAUAAAAUCAUACAAAUUUAUAUAAUUGUAAUGCUUAGUAUUUAUUUUUCUCAGUAAUAAUAAAUUAAUAGAUACAUUUCACA